AUGGAGAUCGCAGUGGCGUCCAGCUCGCCGCUAGGACAGUAUCUGGCCGAACUGGAGGCUGAUGGGGGCGAAUCCAUGGCGCAAUUGCUGUCUGACUCGCGACCUGUGGCUUCAAGGAAGCGUCCGAGACGUCCAACCAGACAAGAGCCACGUAACUGGAGCUGGAUGCAAUUUGCCCAUAGUCUACGAUAUCGACUCGAGCUGGUAGCAGCUCGUCGGCUGCUUCCCGAGCUCUGUGCCUUCCAUCCGACGAUCAGGGAGGAGCUGCAGCAGGCAGCGAGCGGUGAGGCUGCAAUAUUGUUUGAGUCUCAUGGGGGCUGGUGGGCAAGACAUGUUGCAGUGGUUGAAGUAUUGAGUGGAGUUGAGAUGGCUGCGGAGGAGCUUUGGAGAGUUUGUGCGACGGUCGGAGGAGCUUCAGUGGCUGCCAUAGCGACGGUGGCGUCUAGCUGGGGUAGCGAGGGGGUUUCAAUACUGUGGGCGAUGGAGUGGGUCGUUACAAUCGCUGUGUUUGUGCUGCUGUGGUUGGAGUUGAGCAUGCGAUUGCUUCUUGGUUGGUGUGUACGUCGCUCGGGGCGACUUGUGGCUUCGCUGAAUGGUUUUAUAGGGACAUUGGAGAAAUUCAACAAGGUUUAUGCCAGCAGUUUGACAUUAGUGAAGCGCGCAGAGCUGGCGAGUCGAGGGUAUCGACUUGGAGCUGGUUUGCUGCCGCCUAUCGGUAGGUUGGAGGCGAGCAACGCAGAGCCUGGUAACAAUGAUGAGGGCGCCGCUGUAUCCGCUGCAAAGAACCGUUUGCGCUGCCUUUCGCUACGAAGAAAACUGAGAGCACUGAAUGAUCAACUGCAGAUACAAGCCUCCACAUUUAUGCAGGAGGCCGAGCAGACAACGGAUACGAAAAAUCAGAAGCUUGAUGACAUAGGCGACGACAUGGACAAGCGAGCUCCGUCACUGCUGCUGACGGCGCUGUCGAAGCAGCAUAACCGAGCUGUGCUACUACUCGAAAACGCUGUCCAUGCGGCACUUAUGCGAAGUAUGGCUGGCGUUUGCUCUUCUCGCGAUAGCAAGAUGAACUGCAGUUUUCUUUUCAUACUAGGGUCACAUCAAGUUGCAGUUGACCAAUUGACCAAAGCUUUGAGCCUGUGGACUGCUGAUCUUGAGGCAUGGAAUAGCACGAAAGAUCCUGUGGCACUGCUUACUUCCUCACGCACCAAUUCACCAGAGCGACAGCAACAGUAUCAAAUAACACCUCCAACUCCAGACGAUCCUCGCCUGAAAAGCGUCGCUACACAGCUCCAAGAUUUGCGAUCUACGAGUGAGACUCUCACUGCACUGGUCAUCGCGGCUCAAUAUGAGCUUCUGUCGGUCAAAUCUGCGUCAAAUAGUUUGGAUAGCUCUCGUGAUGCGAUGCGAUCUAUGGUCCAGCAAUUACAGGAAACGUGGAGCAAUUAUGACAACGCGUUGAGCGCUUUGAAAGGUGAUAAGAACCCCCAAGACAUGCCAGCGGAUGAAGAAGCUGACGAAAGUUGCGAGUCAAAGCCGAUCGAAGUCGUAGCCUUAACCUCUUCUGUCGCUCCAGAAGACCCCAACUGCACGGUUGUUUUUACUGGAACGAGCACUGGCGAUGAUAGUUUUGAUUUACUUUCACUUUUAAAGCAGCAGGAGGCAGAUACACCGGAGUCAUCAGGCCCAACGCCACAUUUUGUUCGCGAGCUACGUGAUGUGCUGGCGCAUCGCGUACCAGGCCUCACGAAACAGGUUGAUCAUGAUCCUCUGAUACCAUCGACACCACCAAUACCACCCGCAGAUAACGCAAUUCUGCCUCCACCUCCUACCGAUGACAUGUUUGCGUUGCCUCGCGCACCUCCGCGUGGAGGUCCACGUCGACCUUCUACUCGUGCAAAUAGAGAUCCAUCAGCUGCUAUUUCUCCUACGUUACCAAGAGACAAUAAGCUCUCGGGUGUCGUAGCUACGGCAUUCAACCUCGAGCUUCAGACGUUGCUUCAGCGAAUCCAGUCGUCUCAGCAACCAAACUCUAUCGACUGUAUCGGUGAUAGCGCUGAAGAAACCGACGUUGAUCUGCUGUCAUCGGAGAAAAUGUAA